ACCUCAGAGCAGCUGCGCUCGGAAGCCUCAGCCACUGCCUCGCUGGUGUCUGCGCGUCUAUUAUGAGGCCCGUGGUAGUGAUGGCGGCGCUCAGUGAGCCUUUCCUGUCACUGGAUACUACUACUCCCAGCCCGCCUCAAAGCCAGCCGAGCAACCCCCUGGUCUUCAGUUUACAAGUGGCAAAUUGACUUGCUCUGCUGCAUGUCCGGAGGGACUGUGGAAAGCGUGGAGACGCCCCGGGGAUUAAGCGAUAGCAGCUUAAAAAGAAAAAAAGCCAAACAAAUAAACAAAACCCACCCACCCUAACAAACAUGAGGCUGCUGGAGAGAAUGAGGAAAGAAUGGUUCAUGAUUGGAAUAGUGCUGGCGAUCGCCGGAGCUAAACUGGAGCCGUCCGUAGGGGUGAACGGGGGACCACUGAAGCCAGAAAUAACCGUCUCCUACAUUGCUGUUGCAACAAUAUUCUUUAAUAGUGGACUAUCAUUAAAAACAGAGGAGCUGACCAGUGCUCUGGUGCAUAUAAAACUGCAUCUUUUCAUUCAGAUCUUUACACUUGCAUUCUUCCCGGCAACAAUAUGGCUUUUUCUUCAGCUUUUAUCAAUCACACCCAUCAAUGAAUGGCUUUUGAAAGGGUUGCAGACAGUAGGUUGCAUGCCUCCUCCCGUGUCUUCUGCUGUGAUUUUAACCAAGGCAGUUGGUGGAAAUGAGGCAGCUGCAAUAUUUAAUUCAGCCUUUGGAAGUUUUUUGGGCAUCGUUAUAACACCCCUGCUACUGCUGCUUUUUCUUGGCUCGUCCUCUUCUGUGCCUUUUACAUCUAUUUUUUCUCAGCUUUUUAUGACUGUUGUGGUUCCUCUCAUUAUUGGACAGGUAAGGGUUCCAAUUCUAUCCGCUCUGGUCUUUAUAGACACAAUUAUGAAUUCUUAUGUAAUGCCAGGACAGUUGAGAGAAAAGUUCUCUAAAAAGAAAUUUAGACGUUUCUGUACAUUUGGUCAUAGAAUUACUUCUGUCACCAGGAUUGAUCGAAGAGGUGUUAACAUGAAGGUAGGAACUACAUUUGAUUUAGGGUGUGUUAAAUCGGCAUUUUAUAAAAGUAUUUGUAAAACACUUUUAUUUGCCCCUAGGGAUAAUUCGGGUUUCACACCAGCAGACACUGUGGCUAUCAUUUUCUGUUCUACGCACAAAUCCCUCACACUGGGAAUUCCAAUGCUGAAGAUAGUGUUUGCAGGCCACGAGCGCCUCUCUUUAAUAUCUGUGCCCUUGCUCAUCUACCAUCCAGUUCAGAUACUUCUGGGAAGUGUCCUGGUGCCAACAAUUAAGUCUUGGAUGGUGUCAAGGCAGAAGGGGGUGAAGUUGACGAGGCCAACAGUAUAAGGACGGAGGCGCUCUUGAACAUGCAGCGGUGUAUAUAUGUACAGGAUUGUACAUACAGGCAGUUCUGAAGACUUGUACUUGUGAAUGUUGCUUUGAUGCAUAUUUUAUUUUUUUACACAAAAGUAUGAUAUAACUGUUUAAGUGCCUUAAAAUGUAUUUGACAGGAGAGUUAUUUCCAAAACCUAUUUUGUUCAUUCCUGCCAGGAGUGGUACAGUAUUUUGGAGUUGUUUUAUUUUUUUCUAACACAGGAAAUUGUCAUCAUAACUGACAAAAAGCAAACAUACUUUCCUCAUACCACCUUUCAUGCAGUACAACUCUACACUAGUUACUGUACUGUUUGGAAUGAGGUCACAGCACCAGGAAAAUGCCCUCCUGAUGAUAGUGGAAAUUUCCAAAGUCUUAUUCACAAAUACUUUGACUUCACUGUGUGAUUCUUUUUUCUUCAACUGUGACAUGCCUCUCCUUAUCAACUCAGCAGGGGUCAUAGAUUAAGUAGAUGCUGAAAUGCAAAAGUUACCUGUAUCUCUUGACAUCAUUUUUUAAGACAUUCCUUUGAAUAGUUUCCACACAGAAAUUCCUUCAUUCCAUUAUAAGAGAUUGUGGUGGUGUAUGUCUUAAAUGUAUUAUAAGCUGCUUCAAAGAAAAGAGCCUAAUGUUUGAGUUAUAAAUAAGUGAGCUUUUGAAGUAAACUACAGGAUUUGGUUUUCAGACUUUUAAAAUUAUAUUUUACAUGUUUUUCCCUUUUCUUCCAUAAUUUCUUUCUUACCUGUUUCCCAACACACUUGCAAAAUUAUAACAGCUAAAUGCAAGACAUAAAAAUGUUACAGUCAAUUCAAGAGCAGCAACAAUUAGUGAUGGUCUGUAUUCACAUUCCACAACUGAGACCAAAAUUGUUUUCCUGUUACACAGAUGUGCUGAGCACAAAUUGCCAGAAGCAGCCUGUUACAUCCGUGAAUUAAGCACACUUAAGAUAUUCAAGACAAGUUAUUAAUAAGAAUCUCCUUGGCAGAUUUGACAAAUGUUUGCAACCAUUUUUUAAAAAUUAAAUCAUAUUCUGGAAAAUAUAUGAAAAGAUUAAAGUCAGGGAUGCAAACGCAUGUUACAUAUAUGCCAUCUCCCUAGGCAGAUGGAAAGAAUAAUGGGCACAGAAAAUGCAAAAACAAUUCACUAGCCAAAAUAUCAAGUAAAAUGAGUUCCCAAUGGGCAUCAGCUUUUAAAGGAGUAUCCAAUAUUUGCUUGUACUACGGCUCAAGAACUUACACUGGACCCAGACGGAGAAUAAAGCAAUAUGUAGAAUUAGGGAACACUCGCCCUGUUUUCUGCAUAGCAUUCUGUCACAUCCUCACUGCAUGUCCUUUCUUGAUCUGCCAGAUGACAUCGGCAUCCUGGGACAUAAAGGCCGUUCUCCAUCCUUGGCAGCUGUUUUGUUAUUCUUUCAACAACAAAAAAUUAUUCCUUAGAAACAUAGCAAGCUUAUCAACAGUGUAAAUUUAUAUUACUGUUACUACUGGGUCUCUCAUCUUAUGUUACUUAUGACUCAUUUCAAUAUUUGUGAACCUCAUAAAUUUCACAGGACUUAUGAGUAUAAAUUUUAAGGCUGGGGCCAGAUCCUGCAAAAAUCUAUGCUGAACAGGCUAUUUGUCAAGACGUUCACUCUCAUCAAAACCUCUAGUCAUCUUGCUUGGUAUUUCUGAUGCUUACAUACGGAGCACAGAAAGGUUUUCUUGUUUUGUUCCUAUAAGCUUUGAAUUUCAGAGUAAAUGAAAUUGUCCGAGCUGUCAUAAAAAUCUUUCUCCCUAGUAUUAGAAUACUGAUUUUUUUUCUCCAACUUAUCUACCUCUAAUGCCUAACACCUAUAGUAGGUGUGAUUUUGGGAUAAAAAUCAACUGAGAAGGCUAUAACAUUUUAUCCUGUGCUUUAAGAAUGUGUCUGUUUUCAAAUAAUCUUCUCUACAUAGUGAAUUUUGGUGGCUCUAGGGAUAAGCGUAUGCCCAUUUUUUUCUUACACAAAUGCUGUGGCAUAUUUUUCCAUAUAAAA